AUUAUUUCAAAUAAAAAUUUCAGUAUUUCUAUAAAAAUGGAAGUGGGAGAUAUUACAACAGUUGCAAGCAGAAAAAGAAUAAGUGCAGAUGUAGAACAACUUCGAGAUAAAGUAUCUAAAGAAACUGCGAAGAUUAUAAAGUUAAAGGUCGCACAAGACACAGCAUAUUGGGAUCUCAAAGAAAAGCUGCACCAAGUUGAAGGUAACCAUGAGCGUUUGCAGCAGAAUAUGGUGGAAGUACAGAUGCAGCACGAAACCAUCUCUGGUCAAUACCAGGAAGAGCUCCGCCUCAGACCCGAGACACUCAACAAAGUGUCAGGUACGCGCGAGAUCUGCUCGGUGCUGGAGAGCUACUCCCUCCGUCUAAAGGACACACUUGCUCGAUGUCGCGGAGAUCACGCCGCCCUGCUGGAAGCCAUGCAGCGAGCUGGCGGCGCGCUAAAGACUGCCUCGGAGAAGACGCGAGUAGGAGAGACGGCUUUGAAAGACAUGGAAGAAAGGGUGAAAUUAACGACCGAACAUCAGAAUCAACUGCUGCAACUGUUUUCGGUUACGAAACAGCAAUCGGACAAAGAGAUCCACGAGCUGAAAGUUAAACUGGAGGCUGCUCUGCAGAGUAAGGAGGAACUGGUGCACAGCUUGCACGAGAUGAAUCGCAAGAUGGACAUGUGUAGCUUUGAUAUAGGAAAGAAAGAAGAGGCAAUAACAAAUCUCCAAGGAGACAUUAAACAACUGAUACAAGAGCUCAGCAUCCAGAGCUCAGAGGCCAAGAACGCACUCGACAAACAACAGAAAGAUCUGGCCGCGGCCUUGGAAGCUAAUUUCUCAUUGAAGAACACCAUCCAAGAACAAGAGUCGCUCAUCAAAAACAUUUGCGAACAAAAGAUUGGUCUUGAACAUAAAAUAACGGUUUUGGAAAAUCAACAAGCGAAUGAUUCUACUCAGAUUCAAGAUAUGAAGAGGCAGCUUCAGGAAGCUGUGGAGGUGAACGAAAAGAAUAAAUACAACUUGGGCGUUUUGGAACAACAAAAAGAAAAGCUGGCAGAAGAAGUAGAAGAGAAGAAGAAGGUAUUGUACUGA